AUGUCUCUCCUCCUGCAUGCACGUCUCUCCGUUGGCAACGUUCAUCUUCGCCUCGAGACGGACAAGACCGUCAUGGGUCUCGAGCUGGAGGAGUUGGCCCUCAAGGCUGCUGUUCUUUCUCAGCUCUCUCCGCUGACAAAGUUGGUUGUUCUUCGUGCGCUCACUCUGUAUCUUGAGCCUGAGCCCAAGACUCGCAUCGCAAAUGCAAAGCUCAAGGAUGCCGUGGCUUUCUUUGCUGCUGCCGCAGACGACGACGCAGCUGAGAUCUCCUCCCAGCCCAUCGUGUACAACAUCGACGCUUCAAUUUGCGUCACAGUGCCUGGCCCGGCUGGUGCUCACCGUCCCACCGUCUCGGUGAGCGUUCCAGCCGUGCCGAUCACCAUAUCAUCGGCCCAGGUCGCCGCUCUCGGCUCGCUCAGCAACCUCUUUUCCCGCCGCGCCGCUCUCAUCCGCUGGCGCGCCUUCCGACCUUCCAGCCCGCCGUCACAGCAGCCUCUUGAGUGGUUCCGCUACGCCGCCAUGGCCGUUCUCUCCGACAUCCGCGCGGCACGGACGCAAAUGCUCGGCGAACAGCCGCCGCUCGCGGCCACUGCCGCCGCUCUCGCGGUCGCCGGCGAGCUCGACGAGCUGCGCAAGCUCUCGGCCACCGCAGGUGCCAUCUACGAGGCCCGAACCCGGGCCUACUGCCGCGGCGACGGCCCACCGCCUGACUUCGUCUUGGCCACCGACUCUACUGCCGACGGCUACUCGCCGGCGCUCGCAUCGCUGGUAGCCACCCCGUACGGCAGGCGGUAUCUCUCCAAGUCCGGCAUGCCGACUCCUUCACUCGCCGCCCGCAUCACGUCGCUCGCCCGCAUCGUCGCCGCCGCCGCUCCACCGCCUCCGCCACCGCCUCCGCCGUCGCCGCCGUCGGCGCUCUCCCGGAUGGUGCAGACCGUUGUCGUCGGCCUCCUCUACCUCGUGCUCGGCAAGCCGACCUCGCCCAGCCCGCCAUCGCCGCCGCUGCCUCCAGCUUCCGAGCUUGCAACUGUCACCGUCAGCUGCCUCACCCUUCGCAUCCGCUCGCAGCUGCACAUGUCCGACCUUGUCCUCCUCACCCUCUCGAGUCUCUCGGUCGGCUAUGCCCCGACCAAGACCGCGGUCCGUCUUGGCUCACUCCACCUCCGCGAUUUGUACGACCCAACUGGCUCGUACGUCAACAUUCUCACCGAGUCGCACAUGCCCAAGCACAUGACCCACGCCCAGCUGCUGGCCGAGGCCUUUGACCUCCGCACGCCGGACGAUGUUGCCGACGCAACGCCUUCUGCGCCUCGCCGGCGCGACACUAACCUUUCGGAGCCGGCCCUUGUUCCGGGCGCACACCCGCUCACACCCGAGGAGCAAGCCACAGCAACAGCAGGCAUGGCCCACGCAUCGUCGCUAGGCGUGGUUGCCUCGUACGCCGUCGAGCGCGCACCUGCCGCCGCCGCCCUCGCUGCCGCCGCGCGCUCCUCCACCGUCGCCCCGGUCCUUGCGCUCACCAUCGUCUCACGCCCAGCCGUCGACGACGCUCGGGCAGGAACAUCCAUCUCUGGCGCGCUCCGCCCGCUCUCGUUUGUCUACAACAAGGUGCUCCUCGACAAGGUCUCGGCAGUUCUCAAGGCCACAGCUGGGCCGGACGAGACUCUUCCAUCAUCGCUCCUCCCACCGGGCUUUGCUCGCGAGCUGCCGCUCACUCCCCAGCUGGCUGUCGACGCGCUCAACGAGAUGACCGACCUCGAUGUCGACGUCACCCUCGACGGCAUCUCGGUCAUUCUCCCGCAUGUCGCCACGGUCAAGCACGGUCUCCGCAUGGUCUUUGACAUCGAGAGCCUCAACAUCGCCAUCCACCGCGGACUGCCACACCUGGAGCCACCGGCCUCACUCGCCGAGCUCCCGGACAGCGUCGUGUACUCACCGACAGACAUUCGCAUUGCCUCGCUUUCUGUCUACCUCAUCGACUACGCGUCCAAAGACGCGGAGACCGCGACCUCGGCCUUCCGCAUCAUCGAUCCGUUUGAGCUCUCAGUCACCUCGGCCUCGCUCCUGCUCCCACAGCUGACCAUGCGGUACGGCUCGCGACUCGACGUUGCGCUCCCGCACGUCGUCGGCCACUUGCCGGGCACAAAGUACCGCGAGCUCAUGUUCUGCCUCUCGGCCAUCGCCUUUGAAGAAGAGUAUGUGGCGCCGUACGCGGCCUCCCGCGAGGAGAUGGAGCCGAUCCUCGCCGCUGACGCCCGGGCAGGCUUUGCCAACAAGGGCUACAUGGCGGUCCGCGCCCUCUCACUCAAGCUCGAGCUCCACGCCGACGACAACUCGUCGCGGGCCAUCGACCUCUACUCGACUGACUUUUCGGUUGUCGCUGCCCCGCCACCCGGCGCGCUUGCCACCCACUAUGACAUCGAUCUGCCAGCCACCACCUUUACCUUCCGCGACUCUGAGCAGCGGUACGUGCCGGCCGAAGCCUUUGCCCUCCACAUCAAUCUCGACAUGAUCAACCACUUUCAGUGCCACUACGAGCCGUACAUGCGGAUGGGCGUUGUCCUACCCUCGCUCGAGCUCGUCCUCCCGCAGGCCUACUACGCCAUGGUCACCACCAUCCUCGCCCAGUUUGGCGGUGAGACAAGGACUGGGCGUGUCGAGCCGCGGGUCGACUGGUCGCCCGUCGACGACGACGAGUGGACCACGACCGUGAUCUCGGUCGUCUCGGACAACUUUGCCCUCCGCCUCCUUCCGGGCUACGGCUUUGACGGCAAGACCGGCGCCGACGCCGGCAACGUCGGCCUCGCCCUCUCGUCCUUUAACCUCGCCAUGGCCGUGACCAACGAGUACAACACGGCGUACAAGAUCACAGCCCGCCGCCUCGACCUGGUCAACCAUGGGGUCAACCGGAGAGCCAGCCCCGACCUCUCGCAGUUCUCCUCCAUCCUCAGCCCGGCUGCAGCUGUCAUCGACGACCCAAGCCGCUGGCACCUCGACAUCGACUACCUCGUCGACGUCUCGUGGGACGCCCACGCCACCGUCACCCUCGACGCCACGGACAUGCACAUCACCCCGGCCGCCGUCGCCGCCCUCACCUUUGUCGGCGCUUGGGCCUCGGCGCCCGACGUGCCAUACGGCGAGUCCCCUCCGCCGCCGCCGCCGGCCAUCCCGCCGCCCACCACCAACGACGCCAUCCGCAAGUCGCCGUCCUUUACGGUUGCCGCCAUUCUCUCCGAUCUCAACAUCUACCUUGUUCGCCAUGAAACCGACGCUGCGUCACCAGCGCUUGGCCUUCUCCUCGCCAACACGCACCUGUCGUACACCGUCGACCGGGCAUGGGCCACCGCUGUCGCCGUCACCCUCUCGGGCCUGGAGGCCUUUGUCACCCGCAUGUCGGGCCCGACCCAGCAUGCCGUUGCCAUCUUCCUCCCCACCGACCUGCUUGUCAAGUACUCGGCCUCACCGACUCACCUGCCCAUCACCGACUCCCGGGUCGCCGUCUCGCUCGACCGGCCGGCGCUCCGCCUCGCCUAUCCAGACAUUGUCCUUGUCCAGGGCAUUGUCGCCGGCUUGAGCGGUCCGCAGCAGCCGGCGCCGUCGAGCGCUGACGAGGCGCUGGCCACUGCGGCACCGGCCGCCGUCGCCGCGCUCAAGGCCGGCGACAAGGAACGUGACCUGACGUUGGUUCAGGCCUCGCGUGCCGCGCCAGUGCCGACCGUCACCGUCACCGAUCCCGAGACGUUCUCGGCCUCAUCGUCCUUCUCGUCGGCGUCGUCAUCAUCGUCGUCGUCAACCUCGGACCUCGAGAACUUUGCGCGGAGCGCGCUCGUCGAGCCUGGCGCGUCGCUGGCUGACGCCGGGGACGACGGCGCGGCUGCGUCAGGGCCAAGCGCAGCGCAGUCGGACUCGCUGCCGAUUGGCUCGCCGCGCGGGCCGCCAGACUCAGUGCGAACGUCCGAGACCGAAGCCGAGGUCGAUGAAGGCGACGCCAAGUAUGCCAAGCUCAAGGAGAGCGAGACAAGGCACAUUUCCUACUACCUCGUUGACCUAAUUGACCUCCGGGCCACUCUCUUUGACGUUGCCAAGCGCGGCGCGGUCCCGCUGCUUGAGCUACGGCUCGACUCGGCCUCGGUCCGGUACUCGGACGUGUUUGCCACCCGGGCCUCGGCCAAGGUUGCCGUCCACCUCUCACUCGGCAACUACAACCACAAGCUUGCGGCGUGGGAGCCGCUCCUCGAGCCGGCCUACGCCUCGAUCGGCUACGAGUUUAACGCGUUUGAGAACAAGUGCGCAGGCUUUGCCGCUUACGACGUCUCGACAGAGACACCUGCCGAUCGGCGCGAGCGCGAGGCCCGCGAGGCUCGCGAGAGGCGUGUCCGCGAGCGCGCCGCCCGCCACGCCGAGGCCAUCCGCCGGCGCAAGGACCGUGCUCGCCGCCACAAGGCGGCCAAAAAGGCCAACGCACAGGCCCGCGCACGCCGCUCGAAGCGCAAGUCACGGGUGGAGACCGUGGUGCCUUCCGGCCAGCGCCGGAUGGUUCAGCCGCCACUCUUUGGCCAACCCAUGGCUAUCCACGACACCCACCCGUUUGCUGGCGAGGUGGUGCCGCGGCACGAGCCCGAUGGUGAUGAUCCAGCUACUCCGUCACACCCCGCAUCUACGAGGCCGCACCACCGGCGCCACCGCCACCGGCGCCGAAUGCACAAAGCCGCCUCGGGCGAGACGUUCAAGUCGCCGUCGCGAUCGUCGCUCGCUUCGGCUGGCGGCUCGGCUGUCAGCCUGGCGCCAGAACGAGGCUCGAGGCGCAAGGUGCGCCGCCGGCGCAAGCGGCGUCGGACGGUGGAUGGGCCGGUUGGAAGUGUCACCCCCGCGACACCGCCCGCGCGACCCGCGGUUGCGUCGUCUGGCUGGUCUUCGUCGUGCUCGGAACAGCAUGCGCACGCAACGCCACGGAUUGUGGAGCUCUUGUCGUCGUCAGCGAGCUACUCGCUGUCGGAGCAGUACGAGGGCCAUGCGGCGCCUGGAGCAGUGGUGGAAGAGGACGAGCUCUCGGUGUAUACAUGCUCGACCUCGUCGAUGGGCUCUGUCUCUGUCUCAUCCGACUCGCUGCGGCUCGAGUCCGAGUCUGCCGACGACGAGGCCGAGGGCGUGUUGCUGAGCGAGGGGCUGGUGCUCGGCUCGAUUGUGCUCGACAACGACGUGGCGCAGGAAGAGUCUGUCAUGCGUGAGCAGCUCUCGACGUCGCGCAAGCCGACCUCUGUCCUCAACCUCAACGUCACGCUUGAGCUGCUGGCCAACGUGGAGCGGCUGCAAGGUGUCAUGGCUGCGCUCUCCGAGCCGGAGAAGCAAGUGGCAAGCGACCCGGACUGGGCGCCGUUCCGGAUCCUCAACGCCACCGACGUGGCGGUCACCUGCUGGCCGACGUCUGCCGGCGAGACUGUUGUCGAAGGCGAGCCGAUGGUGCUGGAGGCCGGCAAGCUCGCGUCGCUCGAGUUCCCACAGACUCGCGACCCGCGGUACCUCAAGCGGUCGGUUGAUGAGACGCACACGCUAGUUGUUGCGCUCGGCUCGCCGAGCGCGCCGAAGCUCAGCCCAAUCUCGCUGGACUCGGCCGGGACAUGGAUCCUGGACGCUGUGCUGGAGCAUGACGGGCGUGAGCACGAGGUUGCGCUCCGCGGACAGCUCAAGUCGAUGGGUGACGGCUCGCACCUACUGGUCCUCUCCUCGCGGUUCCUGGUUGUCAACGAGACCGAGCUCCCGAUCCAGUUCCGCGGGCUGAACAACGGCGCCGUUGCCUUUGCGUCCGAAGCGGUGCAGCCGAACGGGUGGACAGCGCUGCCGCUGUGGCUAGUUCCGACGCCGGCGUGGGCGUUUGAGACCCGGCCGGUCGGCCAGGCGCUUGCCAUCGACGGCAUUGGCUUCCAGUGGUCCGCCGGAGUGGGAGUGGCGUUUGGGGCGGCGUCCGCGAGUGCUACAAGCGGCGUCCUGCCUCUGCGGCGAGGCCAGAGCAAGUCGAAGCGGAAGAUGGCCAAGGCUAAGGCCAAGGCCAAGGCCGAGACUGGCGACCGCAACGCUACCGAAAUGGCCAACGAGGACACGGCGACAUUGGCAGGGUUGGCACGCGAGGGGCGCGGACAGCGGCUGCGUGGAACCGACUCGCUACUGCUGAGCUUUGCCGCCGGGCGCAAGAGCGGCGACCGGCGGUUGCAGGUGGACCAUGCGUCCGAUCGCAACGCGCUGCUGUACGCGUUCCCUGACGACGCGACGCUCAACGAGGUUGACGUCCGCGACGCGACCCACGGCGUCGUCCCGUCCGAGGCUGGCGACGACUGGAAGCGGACGGUGCGCGACGAUCCGCGCGACCGGCUGGAGGCACUGUCGCGGAUCGGACAUGCGUAUGCGGUGCUGGCCAAGGACAUCGAGGCUGUGCGCGACCACAACGGGUCUGUGGCGAUUCAUCCGCUACCAGCGGUCCGUGUCCGGCUUCUUUCGCCAGUCUACGUCACAAAUCUACUUCCGUACUCUGCACACGUCACUGUGUGGUGCGAUGGCGAAGAAGUGCUUGCGAGCAACGUCAUUCCGGGCGGACGAGUCCCUGUGUACGGGGCACGGCCCGAUGGUGAGAUGGAUCUUGCGGUGGCUGUGCCGGGCUACGGCAGCAGCGAACGGAGUGAGGCGUCGCUGGCCACCGAGAUGGGCGAGCUUGGCGCGGUGCUGGAGCUGCCGGGCGAAGCCGGGCAAGGAACCGGCCCGCUCAACCUCUACGCCUUUGGCUCGACGUCCGGCUCGGGCGUGGGCUCGCUUGAGAUUUACUCGCGGUUCUGGAUGGUCAACCGGACCGGGCUUCCGCUCAAGUACGCACCGCACGCGACGAUGGGGACUCAUGCUGGCGAGGGCCACGGUUCUGCCGUGGCGGCGCCGUACCUGUUCUCGUACGCAGAGAAGCGAAAGCUCUCACGGUCCAAGGCGACGAUCAAGGUCCACACCUCCGAGUGGUCGAACGGCGUCUCGCUCGCCAACAUUGCCGACAGCGGAGCGAUUAAGGUGCUCGACCGGACCGCGCUCGCCGAGCUGGACCUCGUGCGCGAGUGGCAGCUUGGGAUCAAGAUCCACAAGGCAAGUGGGGCAUUUGGGCGGACUUCAGUCGUGGUCAUCGAACCGCGGUAUGUGUUGGUCAACCGGCUCGACGAGCCGCUGCUGUGGCGGCAGGUGGGGACCGAAGUCUCGCACCGGCUGGAGGGCGGAGAGCACCAUCAAGUCCACUUUGUGACGGCCGGCGGCGCCGACAAGCUCCAGCUCGGGUUCUUUGACGCCGACUGUGUGCCGGCCGAGUUGCUCGCACCACGGCCGACUGCCGAGGAACGGCUGGUCGCGGUCCAGGCUGCAGAGUCGCCUUUCCCAGACGAGAGCAAGUUUGGGCUCCUCGGGCGCGAGCGGUCGGUCACGUUUGACAUGGGCAGGCAGCUGCCGUGCAGUGACGACUCGUCAGAGUGGUUUGACUCUGACGAUGGCGACGAGCAGCAGGAAGCGCUGAGCGAGUGCGGGACGGCGCUGACAGGGCGGUCGCGGAUCGGCGAGGCGCCGCCUGCGGUGGGCCUUCCGCUGGUACAGGGCGAGGGCGAGGCGCGUGCGCGUGCGGAGGAACAGUACGCCAACUGGUCGUCUGCGUUUGCCGUUGACGGCUUUGGUGUGGUUGACCUCAACGUGUACGCGAGCCAUUCUGAAGUACUGAGCGUGGCGGACCGGGUCCGGCUGCAGAUUUCUGUGGACGAUCCGGUGGUGUAUGUGGUGGUGUCGCGGCCACAGGCGGCGCAGACUGCGCCGCGGUACAAGCUUGUCAACGACACGGUUCAUCCGAUCUACUACUGGCAGUGUGAUGUGGAGCAGGCUGUGGUGGCCAAGCUGGAGCCGUGGACGAGCACGGCGUACGGAUGGGACGCACCGCAUGCGGACAAGAAGAAGCUGUUUGUCCAGUUCCAGGCGGCGGGCGACAAGCCGAUUGGCCUCAAGGUCGAGAUCGACGAGACCAAGGCAGUGCCGGAGACGGUCUCGUUCUUUUCCGAAGAACUCGGCGAGGUUGUCCAGCUCGAGGUGAGGGUGUACAUUGAGAAGGGCUCGCACACACACGUACUGAGAGUGUACGACCCGAAGCACGCGUCCAAGAGCAGGUCCGACGACGACGGGGUGACGAUGAUGGAAGCGCAAAAGUCGUCGGCCAUCAUCUCGCGGAUCAAGGUCCAUGUGCCUGGACUGGGCAUUUCGGUCAUCGACCCUACACCGGAGGAGCUGCUGUAUGCAUGGAUGGUGGGCGCCGAAGUGUUGCUCGAGACCGACGAGCGAGCCAUCCAAACAGGACACAUCACUGUGGAGCGACUGCAGGUGGACAACCAGGACGAGGACUCGGUCUUUCCUGUUGUGGUCAACAUGGACGAGGGGCCGCUCCGCAAGGGCAUUCCGUUUCUGCAGAUUGUGUACAACAAGGCGAUAGCAUCGGAGCGGGUGCAGUUGUUCGGACCGACGGUUGUGGCGAUCCAGGCCCUCACGGUCCGUGUGGAGGAAGGGCUUGUGGUGCGGCUGAUGUCGAUGGCAGAGGGACUGCCGUCGGCCAAGGCAUCGCUGGCGGCGUCACUUGAGGACUCGCUAGCGGUUUCCUCGCAGGAGCCGUCUUACGACGAGGCAGCCGGAUGGGUGCGCGAAGUGUACUUUCGGGUUCUCGCCAUCUCGCCGAUCUCGCUCAAGGUCUCGUUCGAGUCUGCGCUUGACAAGAGCGACUCGAUUCUGUCCAAGGUGCUCAACCUCGGGCUGCUCCUCCCAUCGUUUGACUCUGCGCCGAUUGUGUUCAAGCACAUGCUGUUGGAGCACUUGUUCACGACGCAGGCGUCGCUGCAAGCGCUUGUGGCCAAGCACUACGAGCGGGGGCUCAUGCGGCAGGUGCUCAAGAUUGUGGGCUCGCUGGACAUGCUGGGCAACCCUGUGAAGCUCUGGUCGAACAUCACGCACGGUUUCCACGAGUCGUUCCACGCGUCUGCCGAGUCGGUGCUCCUUGGCCCGCGGGAGUUCUCGCGUGGAGUGGGCAAGUCCGCGGUCUCGCUGACCAAACACGUAGCGUAUGCCAUGUUCGACGCCACUUCUGCCAUCACAUCGUCGAUGGGCAAGGCUGUGGCUAAGCUCUCGUUUGACGACGAGUAUCUGCGAAAGCAGGAGGCGCUGCGGCGGCGGCGGGCAAACAACGCCGGGCGCGGGCUGAUUCUGGGCGCGUCCGCGUUUGGCAAGGGUCUAUUCUGGGGCGUGUCAGGCCUUGUGCUGCAGCCUGCAAAGGGCGCGAAGCGUGGUGGAGUCAAGGGCUUUGUCAAGGGCAUGGGCCGCGGCGUGGUCGGGCUCGGAGUCAAGCCCGUGGUCGGCGUCCUCAACUUGCUGACCAAGACGCUCGAGGGCGUGCGUAACUCUGUGGACAUUGAGGUGCACUUUACGCGUCUCCGGCCGCCGCGGCACUUUUGGCUCGACGGGCGGGUGCACGCGUACUCGUGGCACCUCGCACACGCGCAGCUCCUGCUGUACACGCUCAGGUCGGGCGCGUUUGCGGCGAGCGAUGCGGUGCUCGCCGAGGCGCUGGUGGCCGAUGGCUCGCUCAUGGUCAUUGUGACCAACAACCGGAUCUUGUUGCUGCGGGCCGAAGGCGCGGACGCGGGCGAGAGCGGAUCGCUGACGGAAGAGGCGGACGCGACGGUGGGUGCGGUGGAGAAGCUCAACCGCAAGAUUGUUCGCCAGGUGCCGUUCAAGCGGGUGCGGCGCGUGGCGCUCGGCUCGUGGGGCGUGGUGGUGGCCGAGGCCGGGGCCUCUAGCGAGCCGCUUGUGCUCUGGUCCCACUCGGCUCGCAAUCUGCGGUUUGUCUUUGACGCGGUGCGUGUCGGAUGCAAGGUGUGGCAAGACCAGCACGGGCACGAGCACCAGGGCCAGCUGCAUUAGACUGUUUGCGACUUUCGCCCCGUGUGAGGCAGGA